UGGGCGGCGGUUGGGGCCGGCGGCGCAUGCGCGCGCUUCAAACCGUCAGGCCCCGCCCCCCUCUCCCUCCUCGCGAGCCACACACAAGAUGGCGGCCGCGUCGCUCCCUCGCUCCUUCGACCCCGAGGACCACGACCUGGACAAGAGUUUCCGCCUCACGGCCCUGUCCGACCUGAAGGGCUGAGGCUGCAAGGUCCCGCAGGAGGUGCUGCUCAAACUCCUGCAGGGCCUGGGCGCCGACGACGCCGCCCCCCCGCCGCCGCUCCAGCCGCCGCCGCCGCCCGACGGUGGAGGACAAGGAGACGAGGACAAUGGCGGCGGGCAGUUCCUCGGCGCCGUCUUGCCGCGGAUCGGGAUCGGGAUGGAUUCCUGCGUGAUCCCUCUACGUCACGGAGGCCUCUCUCUCGUCCAGACGACCGACUUCUUUUACCCCCUCGUUGACGACCCUUACAUGAUGGUAGGUCCUGGGGUUACAGUCCACUCUUGUGAGGACGUGCUGGUGUUAACAAAACCUCUGGGGACGCAGGUCGCCGUCAACAGCCAUCAGUGGUUGGAGAACGUGAGUUGCCAGGCGGGGAAGGUCGUGGCGGGAGAGAGGAGUGGGGCGGAAAAGGGGCGCCAGAAAUCUGUGGCCAAAUAG